AUGCAGCUUCUCCAACUACCCACAGAGAUCCUGCAAGCCAUCAUCGGCCUGAUCUCUUCCCGAGCGUCACUCGCUCGCAUGGCGCGUGUGUGCCGACAACUCGAGGCGCUAGUCGACCCAAUCCUCUACCGGUCCAUCUACCUGCGCAACCACGACGGUGAAACCUUCAUUCGCGCACUAGAGCUCCGCCCAGCCCUGGCGCAGUACAUCCGCGAGCUGCUGGUCCACUAUCACUAUGUCAAUGUCCCCAACCAGCAGGAAUACUACCCGCUGUUGGUGGAGAGUCUGGUGCCGACGAUCCGCCGGCUGGUCAACCUCCGGCGGCUGACGGUCAAGGGGCUCCUCUACGAUGCGCCGCGGGACUACGACGAUCCGGACUCGGGCAAUGUAGAGAGAUUCGACGAUUACGCGGCGGAGUGGUUUCGGCUGUUUGAGCAGGCUGGGCACCCGGGGGCCGCGGAUAUCCUGCCUUCCUUGGAGUCAUGCCAAAUGAUCAUGGACGACGUACCCUACAACCCAGAGAUCCGCACGGAACUGUGGAGCUUUGAUACGCGGAGCUCCGUCAUGGUCCACCCGCACCUACGGGAACUGACCCUGGUCGGAGCGCUCGUCGGGGGCCUGGAUCCUGCCCUGCAGUACGAGCCGCGCUCCACCCGGCUGGAGAGUCUCACCCUGCUCUGUUGUGAUGUAUCCUGGGGCGGGUUGCGUGAGCUGCUGAGUGUCCCUAAAGCCUUGAAGCACCUCACCUGGAAAGGUGUCCCAGCAACAAGUCCUCCGGAAUUCUGGCCGGCAGACCGACAGAGCUACGUCGACGCUAUCCGCACGCAUGCCGACUCGCUGGUCAGUCUGGAUCUAGACUUCUAUGCGAUUGGCAGCCACAACCCGCCGUUGGAUUUCCGGGAUUUCCGGGGUCUGCGACAGCUUACGAUUGAUCCGACGGUGCUGAGAGGUGAUAGUAGGGAUACGGGUGGACACUCUACGGAGUGUCUGCUUCCGGACAGUCUAAAGAGGUUGGUUUUUCGGGAGUAUAGAGAGUACAGCGUGCCAGACCAGGAGACUUUGCCACUCGUCUAUCGCUGGGCGAUGACGGGGGCGCUGCCUCGUCUGCGGAGCGUCACGGUUCAGUCGGCCAAGUUCUCUCAAACUGAGAUCUUGCAUCGCGCCCUUAAUGCGAAGAUGCGUUUCGAUGAUGCUUUUCGGUCGGUUGGCGUGCAGCUCGAGUAUGAGAAAGUCCGGUCCAGCCUGGAAGAGGAGCAUGUCGGGUUCGACUGCCAUUGUUGCACGUACGCCUUGCGAUGGAAUAACGGGUUGGAUUAUUGA